GUUCCAAGUGUUUCCUCUGAGGUAGCCCUCGGCACCGGGAGCGGUGGCCGCUUGUGGUUGCAGGGUGGAGGUUGCUGUCUGACACAUCCCUCCACUGGCCCCGUGUCGGUGUCCUGUGGCUGUGGGCGGCUCUCUGCUCCUGGUGCUGAUGGCUCCUCUGAUG